GCGAUGAACGAGCAAAUUACCCUGCAGAGUUGCAACCAAAAGUUCUCAACAUUACAUUUAUUUAAAUGCAGAAAAAGGUAAAAAAUCGAAGAUUAAUUCGCGCCUAAUUAUUGAAACUCCGCCACCCUGACAGUAUUAUUUUCUACUUUGCUUCGCCAUACACUGAACGUACUGCUCCAAAUUUGUUGUAGAAACUCUUUCAGAAAGAAAAAAAUUGGUAGAAUUAAAAGACCAGUAAACUGCAGUUUAAUGCGUCCAGCAUUUUAUAAUUGCAUUCCAAGAAAAUAAACGUUCAAAAUAAAAAUAUCAUAUAUUUAUUUGUUUCAAUUUAAAUAGAGUUCAACUAAGAACAUUUUUACAACAAAGUGUGUCGGAUUUAUGGUAUUUGCCAUUAACAUUAGUAAUAUCGUUGGAAUAGUCAUAAUUAGUUCUAGCUGGCUCGGAAGGGUCUUCUCAGUCUCUAAAUAUACAAUACAACCGUUUGUUAUAGUAACGCUGGCAAACUAGGAGCUGCAGUAAAUCCAGAGAAUAAUAUCAUGGCGCUGACAGAACACGAUAAUGUAUUCUUUUUUGUUCCAAAUCUAAUUGGAUAUGCUCGCAUUAUACUAGCGUUGAUAGCUUUCUGGUGCAUGUCUACUAAUUAUGUGGCCGCCGGAUGGUGCUACGUCAUAAGCGCUCUAUUAGAUGCCGUGGAUGGGCAUGCGGCGCGUGCAUUUAACCAAAGUACACGUUUCGGCGCGAUGUUGGAUCAAUUGACCGAUCGUUGUGGUACUAUGGGUCUCUUGGUGACGCUCAGCUACUUUUACCCCAAAUAUAUGUUCUGGUUCCAAGUUUCAAUUGCCAUUGAUAUUGCUUGCCAUUGGCUUUAUAUGCAAACGAGCGUCAUGGUAGGGAAAACAUCGCACAAGUCAUUCGAUGUUAAGGAGAAUAUAAUAAUGCGUACUUAUUAUCAGAAAAAUGUACUUACAUUUAUGUGCUGCGCUAAUGAACUUUUCUAUGUUUGCCUGUAUCUUUUAUAUUUCACUUACGGACCAUUAAUCUUUGGAAUGUCCUUAUUUAAACUUUUGGCUAUCCUCAUGGCGCCAUUUGCUCUACUGAAGUCGUUAAUCUCUUGCUUGCAUGCUUAUGUAGCCAGUAUUGAUUUGGUCGCUUUAGAUAUGCGCGAACGUGCUUCAAAGCGUGAGAAGGAGGAGGGUAAAAAGGCAGAAUAAUUCUACCUGUUGGAUUCUUCGAAAUAAUUUUGUGAUGUAUAUCAUUUUAUACAAAUUUAUAUAUCGAUCAUUUGCGGGUUUCGCUAAAAUAUU